AUGACUGCCCAAGAAGCCCCCAAAUGGUACCCAUCCGAGGAUGUCAGAGCUGCCAAGCAGACCAGAAAGGCCAUCAGACCGCAGAAGUUGCGUGCGUCGUUGGUCCCAGGUACCGUUUUGAUCCUGUUGGCCGGCCGUUUCAGAGGUAAGAGAGUCGUCUACUUGAAGCACUUGGAGGACAACACCCUCCUGGUCUCCGGUCCAUUCAAGGUCAACGGUGUCCCUCUAAGAAGAGUCAACGCCCGUUACGUCAUCGCCACGUCUACCAAAGUCCCAGUGGCCUCCGUCAACGUCGAGAAAUUCAACGUCGAGUACUUCGCCAGAGACGCCAAGCUGUCCAAGAAGGAGAAGAAGGAGGCUAACUUGUUUCCAGAACAGCAGAAGAAGGAAAUCAGCGCCGCUAGAGUCGAGGACCAAAAAACCGUCGACAAAGCUUUGUUGGCUGAGAUCAAGAAGACCCCACUGUUGAAACAGUACUUGGCUUCGUCUUUCUCCUUGAAGAGCGGUGACAAGCCUCACUUGUUAAAAUUUUAA